AACACUUUCAAAGAUCGAAGCAAAAGAAAAGCAAGAAAAAUCAGGGUUGAAAACUGCCAUAUCGCACCGGUGAAAYCAUCAAGCAGAGAGAGCAAAAGGAUCAAAAACCGGCAACCGGCCGGCGGCCAAAGUUGUUGGGGGCGUUGCGAGAAUCGAACUCACGACCUCUCGCACCCGAAGCGAGAAUCAUACCACUAGACCAAACGCCCUAAGAAUCAAAUUUGAGUUUCCGUAGUUAGGUCAAGUUUUUUGAGGCAGCGAUGGCUCAUACCAGCAAUCCUGCGGCUGGAGUUGAUAACACCUUCAGAAGGAAAUUUGAUCGAGAGGAGUAUUUGGAACGAGCUCGUGACCGUGAAAAACAGGAGGCUGAGAGGGUUAAGUCCAAAUUGAAAGGUCCACCAGUGCAGAGAAAACCAUUGAAACAUAGAGAUUAUGAGGUAGACCUCGAGUCCCGCUUGGGAAAGACUCAGGUUGUGACUCCAGUUGCACCUCUAAGCCAGCAGGCUGGAUACUACUGUUCCGUUUGCGAAUGUGUGGUCAAGGAUUCUGCAAAUUACUUGGAUCACAUCAAUGGAAAGAAACAUCAGAGAGCCUUGGGUAUGUCCAUGCGGGUCGAACGGGCAUCUCUGGAGCAGGUGCAGGAGCGGUUUGAAGUUCUUAAGAAGAGAAAAACGCCUGGAAGCUUCACAGAGCAAGAUCUUGAAGAGCGUAUAGUAAAGCAGCAACAAGAAGAAGAAGAACGGAGACGCCAGCGUCGAGAAAGGAAGAAAGAGAAGAAGAAAGAGAAGGCAGCAGAAGAGGAACCCGAAAUUGAUCCCGACGUUGCGGCAAUGAUGGGAUUCGGGGGCUUCCGUUCAUCCAAGAAGUGACAAUUACAGAUUCAUCUUCUAGCUUUGCCCCUGUGAUCCUUACAGAGUUAUUUUAUCUGAACUGAUGUGCAAGGGAAGGUCCAAACUUGGGUUUCCCACCUCCCAAGACUGUAAGUUAUAUGUUCUGAAGAUUUUCAAUAUGAACAUUGAAGAAUUAGAAGAGCUUAACAUGGCCAUUUGCUGUAACAUUUAAUUCAUAUGUUAUAUACAAUGUUUCUUCAUGUCUCGGGAUGAAA